UCUUUUUUUCUGCAAAACCCAUUUGAUGCCGCAAGGAUGUGGUUUACUUUGUGCAAAAACUUUACUCCGGAAGCUUCUCAGCAUGACAAGUCCUCAUCCACAACUGUAUUUUUUUCUCCACUGUCAAAGACCUGAGCUCAUCACGAGUCACUCGCUGUCCCAUUUGGAGCUGUCGCCAUGUUCCCCAGGGUGAUCUUGAAGGGAACUAUGAUCAAAAAAUCUCAACAGAAAAAAAGAACAUCGCCAUGUAACUACAAGGAGAGAUUUUUUGUAUUAGACACUCAAGACCUGAAGUAUUCUGAACGCCGCCCUGGGAAAAAGCCAAUGCUGAAGGGCUGCAUUGAACUGUCCAGAAUUAAGUGUGUGGAGACUGUGUGCACCGAUAUUCCCAUACCAUGCAGCUACAAAUAUCCUUUUCAGGUUUUCCAUGACAACCAUUAUCUCUACAUUUUUGCCCCAGACAAUGAUUGCCGUCAGAGAUGGGUCAGGGCCUUAAAAGAAGAGACAAAAAACAACUAUUUGGUUAAGAAAUAUCACCCAAAUCUCUGGAAUGAUGGAAAGUGGAGAUGUUGCCAACAAACUGAGAAACUAGCAACAGGUUGUCAUAUGUAUAACCCAGAGGGUUGUGCUUCUAAAAAGCCACUUCCCCAACUCCCAGAUCCAGAGAUGGAGCUGCAUGAUUCAGGACGGCAGGUGGUCAUUGCUCUGCAAGACUACACGCCGCUGGGAGACGAUGACUUGCCCCUUCAGAAAGAUCUGGAGUAUCUUCUGAUCAACAGCUCCCACUCUGAAUGGUGGGCUGUGCAGGAUGAAAGGGGGAACACAGGUUUUGUGCCCAGUACAUAUGUAGCUGAAAAAUCUGGCAGCAACUUUGAGAGAUUUAAAUGGUACAACAAACACAUAAACAGAGCAGAAGCAGAGGAUCUGUUAAUGAAAGAGGGAAAAGAAGGCGCGUUCAUGGUGCGUGACUCGAGACAGGCAGGAGUCUACACCGUGUCCGUUUUCACCAAAGCACCAGGGUCUAAUGGAGAGAAGAACCCUAGAGUGAAACAUUACCAGAUAAGACAGACUGAAACUGAGCAGAAAGAAUUUUACUUGGCAGAGAAGUACCUGUUUAGCACCAUUCCUGAGCUCAUUCAUUACCACCAACACAAUGCUGCUGGUUUGAUAACGCGACUGAAACACCCCGUCUCUGUAGGAGGCUGCUCCGAGGAAGCUGCUGAAGAUCAGUGGGAGGUGAACCCAGAGGAACUAGUCAUUGGUCAGGAGUUAGGUAGCGGCCAAUUUGGUCUGGUGCUGGACGGAAGAUGGAGGGACAAGAAGGUCGCGGUGAAGAUGGUACGAGAAGAAUGCAUGUCAGAUGAGGACUUCAAAGAGGAGGCAAAGGUUAUGAUGAGGCUGCAUCACUGUAAGCUGGUGCAGCUCUACGGUGUGUGCACCCAGUGCUCCCCCAUGUGUCUGGUGUUUGAGUUCAUGGAGAACGGCUGUUUGUCAGACUACCUGCGAGAGAGGAAAGGCCGUUUGUCUCAGGAUACGAUGUUGGGAAUGUGUCUAGAUGUCAGUGAAGGGAUGGCUUACCUAGAGAGCUCCAACUUCAUCCACAGAGAUCUGGCUGCAAGGAACUGCCUCGUCUCAAGCAGCAAUGAGGUGAAGGUGUCUGAUUUUGGCAUGACAAGAUUUGUUCUAGAUGAUCAGUACACAAGCUCCCAGUGCUCCAAGUUUCCUGUUAAGUGGUCAGCCCCAGAAGUGAUCAAGUACUCCAAGUUCAGCAGCAAGUCUGAUGUCUGGUCAUUCGGUGUGCUCAUGUGGGAGGUGUACAACGAGGGUCGUUUCCCCUACGAGAACCGCUCUAACUCGGAGGUCGUGGAGUCCCUGAAUGCAGGCCUGAGGCUCCUGAAGCCACGCUUGGUCCCCGACUCUGUCCAUGUGCUCAUGGAGUGGUGCUGGAAGGAGAAACCAGAAGACCGUCCAUCUUUUGCUCUGCUCGUGCAUGAACUGGCCACCCUCACCGACACAGACCUGUAAAGCAACUUCUGAUUUCAUAUCACUUCAAACUGUUUUAUUUAUUUAUUUAUUGAUUGAUUGAUUCAGUCAAUUCUCACAUGUUCCCCAAGUAGAUGUGAAGUUAACAUGGUUUUUAUUAAUUUUCCCCUUUUUUUUUUUUGUAAAUUUGCACUUUAUCUCUUUCAUAUCUCUGUAAACAGUCCUUGAAAAAGCUCAUAUAGUGCAUAACUCUGUAAAGGCUUCACCUAAUUCAUAUAGGUUGUGCUCAUUAAAGUGCAUUUGGUCUUCUUUUAAAGAA